CUCCCUCAACACAAAAGGCUCAGAAAAUUUUGAGAAAAAUAGUAAAAGAAAAGGCAAGGCUGCAGGGAAGAAAAGAUGGCAAAGAUGCAUCUUAGUUUGCUGGUGUUGGCAGCAAUCGGGUGCUGCUUCCUGAUGGAUCCGGCAACCGCAAUGAUCCACAUUGUUGGAGGAGCACAUGGCUGGCGUCUGCCUCACAACAAAACCUUCUUUGAACAAUGGGCUAAACCAAGAACCUUUGGUGUAGGCGACAAAAUUGUUUUCCCAUACAGGCCAGGGUCCAACAACGUGGUGGUGGUUAACAAGGAAGACUUCGAGGUAUGUGGCCAAAAGGUUGUGAUUAACAUGUACUACAAUGGACCAACGAUUCUCAAACUCACACAGACUGGGGACUUCUACUACUAUUGUGGCAUUGGGAAGCAUUGUGAAGCUGGCCAAAAGCUCCACAUCAAGGUCGUCAACGGAAAGGGCUCGGCCGGAAGUCCUUUCCCGUUUAAACUUGUCAAUAAAGAUGCUGUUGCACCCGCACCUGCUGAAUCUACACAUGAUGUAACAUUAAUUCCAUCCACAGCGUCCGUCAUUCAAAAUUUUAGCAUGGUUUUUAGUUUGUUAGCUUUCUUGAUCUUGUUGUGAAUAUGUGACCUCGCCAGGUUUUAACAUAUUGAUUUACAUUGCUUU